AUGCAGGGAGUAAGGAAGACUUAUGGAUCAAUGGAAAGACUUAAUAAACUUUGUUCUAAUCACUCCUUAGGUUUCAGCAAGAUGUGCACAUCUGCUAUACCGCAUGAGAAUUAUGGGAAGCCAAAGAGUGAAUGGAGUAGAGAUAAUGAGUCAAACCAAUUGAUUGAACUGGUGGAACAAUUGAAGAUGGAGACAAUCGAUUACCCAACUUAUAUAGGAGAUAGAGCUGGGCCAAUUUUGAAGAUAGAGAAGUUUGUAGAUAGAAACAAGCAAAACAUUAUUGAAUGGGGAAAGAAAUUUAGAUUAAUUAUGGAUAGGUGUGAGAUAAAUGAGAGAGAUUCCUUGAAACAUUUAUACUUAUUAGUGGAUGAGAAAUACCAUGGACUGUUAAAUGGAAAGAGAAAAAUAGAAACUGCCUUAAAUUCGCUAAUUAGCGAAAGUUAUAACAAGGAAAAGUUUAACGAAUUGUAUGAAGAGUUAAAGAAUUUGAAGGUAGGGAGGAGAUCAAAUAUUAAAGAAUAUUAUGAAAAAUUUAGUGGAAUAUUACAAAUAGCUGAUUUAUGUGUAAGUCCUAAAGAGAGAUUUAACGAUAGAGAAUUAAGCGAAUUGUUCUAUUCGGGAAUUCCCAAAUGGAUGCAAUAUGAAUGUAUAAGAUUAGGAAAUAUGUCAUUGAAGGAUAAGGUAAGAAUUUUAUAUCAGUUAGAAGUAAAACAUCAAGAAGAUUAUCAGAAGGAAAGAAAGGGAAAUAAGUUUAAUGAUGUCAAUAAGAAUCAAUUACAUAAUACAACUGAAAUUAGAAAUAAGAAAGAUGGAAGAAACUAUAAUGAAGAAAAGAAGAUGGAAAAAAUGGGAGUAAUAGCAGAGGUAGAUAAGGGACCUGAUGAGAUUAUGCUCAAUUGUGAAGUUAAGGAAAUUGGACAAUGUGAGGCAUUAUUGGAUGCCGGAGCAAAACAAAAUUUUAUAAAUGAGGAAAUUUUGCAACGAAGUAAAUUAUUAAGAAAGACAAACCAAAUGUUGAUUAAGGUAGCAAAUGGAGAAAAAGUUAUGCUGAAUGAGGAAGUAGAAUUGUUAGUAAAAUUUGAUCAAUUACCAGGAGUUGAAUAUAAGAUCAAUGCAAUAAUUUUUCCAAAACUAACUCAUGACUUGAUUUUAGGAAUGCAAUUUAUACGGCAGAAUAAUGUUGCUAUUGAUUUAAGUACUGGUAUAUUACGAAUGGAUAAUAAGUAUGUAGAGAUACAAGGAGUUAAGGAGGAUAGUGUAAGUGAACCGGAGAAUAUGGUAGUAGACAAUCUAAGAGUAAUACAAGAUGAUGAAAGGAUAGAAAUGGUAUUGAAACCUUUUAAGUUACAAAAUCCUGAGUUUGGACUUUUGAGAGGAUUCAAACAUGAAAUAAAAUUAACGGAUGAAAUACCAGUGCAAGGAAAGGCAUAUGGAAUGCCUCAGAGUUUACUUAGUGGGUUGCGAGAAGAAAUAGAAGAACUUUUAAAACAUGGUAUUAUAAGAAAAAGUAAUUCUUAUUAUGGAUUACCAAGUUUUGUUAUCCAAAAGAAAAAUGGGAAGGUUCGAUUAGUCACCAAUUUUAUCGAAUUGAAUGACAAAACAAUACCAGAAGUAUACCCAUUUCCGGAUAUGAAUGAUAAGAUUAUAAAUUUAAGAAACGCUAAAUGGUUUUCACAAGUAGACCUCGAUCGAGGCUUUUAUCAAAUAGAAUUAAAGGAAGAAGAUAAACAUAAGACAGGGUUUUUAUUACCUAUUGGACACUUUGAAUAUUGUCGUUUACCAAUGGGAUUAAUAAACUCACCUAAAGCAUUUCAAAGAGUAAUGGAUGAAUUAAUUGGACAUUUAGAAUAUUGUGAAGUUUUUGUAGAUGAUAUUCUAAUAUUUAGCAACUCAUUCGAAGAACACCUUAUUCACAUCAGAGAAGUUUGUAAAAUUAUUUUAGAUAGGGGUGGAAAAAUUAAUUUUGAGAAAAGUAAGUUUGGUUCAACUACUGUUACCUAUUUAGGUAAUAUUAUAGAUAGUGAAGGAAUAAAACCAAUAGUUGACAAAAUGAUAGAAUAUGAACAUAAGGUUAUUAAAACGAAAAGAGGAUUAAGAAAGUUCUUAGGAGUGGCUAAUUGGUAUAGGAAGUAUGUGAUGAAUCUGAGUGAAUUAACUAAUAAACUGAAUGAAAAAUUAAAAAUAAAGGAUGAUUUUAAAUGGACUAAAGAAGAUGAGGAAAUGAAGAAUAAGAUAAUAGAAGCAACUCGUAAAUAUGAAAAACUUAUGCAUAUCAAUCCAAAUGAAGAAUUUUUUUUAGAAACGGAUGCAUCAGAAAGGGGAAUUGGAGGUGUUUUGAGACAAGCUCAUGGAAUUGUAGGAAUAUAUUCAAGAAAAUUACAGGGUUCAGAACUAAAUUACAGCAUUCCUGAAAAGGAAUUAUAUGCAGUUAUAAAAUCAAUGAAUCAUUUUAGAAAAUUAAUAUGGGGAAGAAGGCUAACUGUACUUACUGAUAGCAAAGAUGUUGCAAGUAUAAAGGGAAUGAAUGAAUCAAGAUUGAAAAGAUGGCUUAGUUUAAUGGGUGAAUAUGAAUAUUGUAUUAAACAUAUUGAUGGUAAUGAAAACUGUCUAGCUGAUGCUAUAAGUAGAGGAGAAAUAAGAGUAGUAGAAACGAUGAGAAUACAAUCUGAAAAGAAACUUAAACAAGAUGAAAAUGGAAAAAUAAUAAUUGAUGAAAAGAAUAUUGAACAAUUUGUGAGGGAUAUUCAUGUAUGUCUAUUACAUAGUGGAAUAUCAAGGAUGUACCAGACAUUGAAAAGAUAUUACUCAAUUAAAAAUAUUAAAGAAGUAAUUGAAAGAGUUUGUUCAGAGUGUAAAGAAUGUAAACUAAAUAAAAAUAGAAGAGUAUAUCAUGAAACUGGGAAAGGAAGAUUACAUUGUGAUGAAAUUAACAGAAAUGUUAGCAGCGACAUAAUUGGACCAUUUUUACGUGAGGUUCGUGGUAGAGUAGUAAAUUAUUAUGGUAUAACAUUUACUGACUUAUGCAGUAGAUAUUGUAAGGUUUAUUUCACUAGAAGAAUAAGAGGAGAAGAAUUAGUCAAUGCAUUUAAGAGUAAAUGGAUUAAAGAUGUUGGAAUUCCAAAAUUGUUUUAUUCUGAUCAAGGACGUCAGUACACGUCUGAGGAAUUUCAAAGAUAUUUAAAAGAUUUGAACAUUAAACAAAGGUUUAAUACAGCUUAUAAUCCUCAAGGUAAUGGUAUAUCAGAGAGGUUUAACCAAGAAAUUGGUCUUGGACUAAGAAUGUAUGGUCAUUUGUGUUUAGAUGAAAUAGAAGCUGCUAUUGAAUAUGGACACAAUAAUAGUUAUUGUCGAAGUAUAGGAGCUUGUCCAAUGGAAAUUAUGAAGGAAAUGAAUGAAAUUGAUAUGAAGAGAAGAAGAAUUAAAAUUGAUUUAAAAGAGGUAAAUCGGAUUGCUAAGGAAGGUAAUAAUUUGAAUAAAGAUGAUGAACAAGUGGGACCUGAGAAUAGAUUUGAUGUCCAAAUCGGAGAUGAAGUCUAUAUUAAAACUACAGUGCGUGGAAAAACGGAUCCUUACCAAGAAGGUCCUUUUAAGGUAAUUGAAAUAAGUAAAGGUAAGAAUGUAUUAUUUAUUGAUUUUAGAAGGAAACGUGAAUGGGUAAAUCUCAGAAGGGUGGUUAUUUUUAAGGAUCGGGGAAAUUGUCGUAUCCUCCAAAAUGAGUAA